UUAUAUAUACAAUAGUCUUCUUGAAAAAGGAAAGAGAGAAAGAGAGAAGAUGGGAAGCAUUCUGUUGAAUCCAUGUCAACCCUUCUUCUCACACACCAUUUUCGCUCCAUUGAAGAAGCUUCAUCACCAUGUUUCUGCAUCUGCUUCAAGGAAUAAUUUCAAAUGCAACAAUAUCAGUAGAACUUCCUCCUUUAAUUACAGAAGCUCUGCUUCUGUUCCACUUCAUGAGUUACCUUCGGCUUCAUUUGAUGAAUAUAUAGAAGAUAAGGGAAGAGUGAUCCGAUCUAUAUUUUCAGAAAAAACCGCAAGCCAACAGCUCAAUGAGGAAGAAUGGAGAGUUAAAAUGACUCCCAUGGAAGUUUUGUUCUUAAAGUGUCAUCCAGUAAUACACAUUAUAGCUAAAUGCAAAUCUGAAGUACAUGAAUAUCCACCUCAGGUUCCUCAUCAUGUCACCAAAUUUCUAGAGGUUCAAAUUGUAAGUAUUACACAUCAACAUAUAUGAAAUUAAACU